AUGGCCUUUGCCAAGAAGCCAAGGACCACAGGAAUUGAACUGCCCAAGAUGCCAGGCGAUUCCCCCGCGCUCACGCAGCGCACGGGCAGCAUGGGAUCCCUGGCAGCGUCCCGGAAGAGGCUGCCGACCAAUGCGCCGAAGGUCUUUGUCAUCACCGGCAACCCGGAGAGCGCCAACCUCGAUGUGGUACGGCAGGAGCUGCUGACUCGGGGCUUCACCGAAGGCGCAGUGGGGGAGGCCGAGGACUUCCUCUUGAAGUGGGGGCCCAGGAGCAAGGUGGAUUGGCGCUCCUUAGCGCCGCCGCAGCUGGUGAACCACUACGAGAACGACGCGGCGCUGACCACCAAGUCAGGUUUGAAGGAGCCAAUCCAGCGCGACAGGACAGCAGUUAUCUCUUGGCUAGAGGCAGCUGAAGAGGCAGGAGCAGCGGAUCUGGGGCGCUUGCUGAGCCUCGAACUGCAACUGGACGAGCCUGCUUGCUCAGCAAACGAGUGCGAGGACCCGUGGGUGCAAGAUCCAAAGGCUCAACCCGAGCUGCAUCUGCAGGCGCGCAGCGUCGGUGUGGCGAGCAUUCCAGGUAUCGUGCUGAGCUAA